AUGGACCUAGCCAGCAGGGUAAAAUUGAUCUGUGGUAUAUUUCUUAGCAUCUCCAUUGUCUCCACAGUACUAGCUUGUGCCUCAUGGGACUUCCAGCAACAAACACCCGUACACAAUGCUCUUUAUAUAAGUGGCCUUCUAUUAGCUUUUAUGCUCAAUUCCGGGAUAGUUUAUUGCCUUUUGGUAGGCACUGUCCAGCAUAGGUCGUCUUUGUUCUUCCCCUAUAUCGUCUGUUCGACUAUUUAUACUGGUGUCAGCCUAUUUGGAGCCGGCUUCUUCCUCGGCUCGACGAUUUACUCCAUUCCGGAUAAGACGCGAAUAGAUCACAUAUAUCUGCUCGUCAUCUUCCUUGUUUUGCUCAGUUUUUGGUACUGGAGUCUGAGGACAGUGCGAGCUUAUCGUGACUAUGUGAGGAAAAUCUCCGGCGAACACGUCAUAUUUACCAAUCCCGAAUUUGUAUGAAGACCGUAUUAGAAAUAUUUCUGAAGAAGCUUCGACUCAGUAAUUAACGAUUUUAUGAGGACCCAUUCAACCUACAGUAAUCUCCACUCACAUACUCAUUUCAUCCAUUUUUCUCUUAAUCACGACGAUUAUUUUGCGAUAGAAGAGCAAAAAAAAAACAAUAGCAUGAGAAACUUGAGCUUUGGCCUUCUCAUGAAAGAUGACAUUACAAUUUUGAGCCUACUCAAAGUUUACAAAAUUGAUCAUAUCUUGAGCAUGGCAUAAAAUAUUGCGUUGAAACAGAGGAGACAGUGGUUGUUUAUUCCAUGUUCUGAUUUUCUUUUGAUAUGUUUUACUUAUCGUGAU